AUGGCAGCAAAGGAAAAUUCUUCUGUACAAGUGCAGAAGAACUUAGAGGGGUUUGUAGCCGUUCUAACAUCUGCAGCAUGUGAAUGGUUUUUUAUAUUUCUCCUGCUUGUCGAUGGACUAUUAUCCUAUCUGCUGACUAAAUUUGCAAACUAUUGCAAUUUGCAAAAGCCUUGCAUCUUUUGCUCGAGGUUCGAACAUGUUAUAGGCAACGAAAAACCUCAACUUUAUCAGGAUCUACUUUGCAGCAACCACAUAUCAGAGCUCUCGUCUUGGAUAGCUUGUCAAGUUUAUGGUAAGCACGAUGGAAAUGAAACGUGUGAAGAUUCCAACCCAGAAACGCACAUUCUUUUGGAUGGUAAGUCAGGAUUGGAUCUUGGAAGUUCCAGUUCUAAGAGGUCCAACCAGAACAGAAAUUUUGUUCGUAGUUCUGUGGGUGCAAGUCCAUGCUCUUAUUGCAGUAGGCAUCGGAGACCUAGAGAAAAUGCUCAAGGACUGCGACGGAAAUCACCUAGUCCCAAACCUAAUAUUCCUUUGCCACGUUUUUCAACCCGUAGCCGUUUACCUCGUCGGGAUGGUUCAAAGAAGAUGAGGGAUAAAUUUCCUGCCUCAGUAACUGUUCGUGGACCUGGAAGAGUUGGCUGGGAUCCCAUGUCACAUGUAGGAGGAUACACCGAGUUGAGGGUUUGUUCUAAUACUGACUCUGCCCGUUGUCCUGGAAAAAUUGGCUGGGAUCCCUUGUCACAUGUAGGAUACACUGAGUUGAAGAUUAGUUCUGAUACUGACUCUGAGUUUCCAUUUUCUGAUGAUGACGAUGGUAGCAGUUUCAUCAGUGGAAUUCAUGAUCCUAAGAGGGAAGGAUUUGUAGUUCAAUGUGCUUCAGAAAAUCCAUUCAAAGCACCAGUGGAAGGUUUGAAUCCAGCAAAGCAGAGCAACUUUUCCUACAAACACAAACCUUCACCUUCUGAUCCAUGUGUGCAGCCAGAUGGUAGCAAGGCCUCUAAGGUAAAGGUCUUGGGUGUCAAUGUUGCUGUUGAGAAUGGCUUCGAUGAGCCUAACUGGCAGCAAGUGAGUUGGACGUCCAAUCCUUCUGCAUUAGCUGAGCUUAUUUCACCAGAUGAUGUCCCUCCAUCAUCUAAUGUUGUUGAAAAAAAUGUUACUGGGACAAGCGACUUUGGACAUGCAUCCACCAAUAAGAACGACGAACUUUUGAAGUCUAUAAGUGCAACAGAUGGAGCAUCUGCUAAAACUGAUCCUAUCAUAGAUGAUCCAGCUCCUGUAAAGCCAAAUCAUGUUAGUGUAAAUGUUGUGUCUGAGUCAGCAGCCACUGGUAAAGAAGCAGAUUCGUCUGGUAUUGUUAAAGAACCUACAUUGAAGGAACCUGAUAGAGUUGAUGGGGAACUGAAACCGUUGGCUUCACUAAAUUCUUCUGCUCAGGAGGGUAAUUUAUCAUCAAAUAAUACAAUGUCUGGGGUAAAAGGUUGUGCUGAUGAAAAGCAGGUGACUGAUGCUUCCAAAUCUAAUCCAAAGCCACUGCUUCAUACAUCAGCAUCAGUAGAAUCUGCUCUUGAAUCUCUGGAUGAAGGCUAUGUCAGUGAAAUUGAAGGUGAAAGUCUAGAUGAUCGGUUAAAACGACAGGUUGAAUAUUACAGAAAAUGCAUAAAGGAGUUGUAUAAGGAAUUAGAGGAAGAAAGGAGUGCUUCCACAAUUGCUGCAAAUCAGGCAAUGGCCAUGAUCACGAAGCUGCAAGAAGAGAAAGCUGCAAUUCAUAUGGAGGCCCUUCAGUACUUAAGAAUGAUGGAAGAGCAGGCUGAGUUUGAUGUAGACGCACUGGAAAAAGCCAAUGAUCUCCUGGCUGAAAAGGAGAAAGAGAUACAGGACUUGGAAGCAGAGCUAGAAUUUUCAAAGUUUGAUGUCCCAGAUGAAACAAUGGAGAAUAUGCCGCUCAAAAGCUCUGAUUUGAAGGGUGAAAUUGACACCACUGAGAGUACUGAUGUGCCCAUCAUAAAGAAUGAUAUCGAAGUUACUUGCAACUCAAGUGCUGUUGUGUCCGGCAUAGAAAAGGAUGUCGAAGUUGCUUGUAACUCAAUGGAUACUGAGAGCUUGGAGAGGAAGCUUUCUGAAAUUUCCUGUAAUGGGGUUCCCUCCAACAUGCCUAAUGGUGGGCAGGCUAGAAAGUAUAUGGAUGACGAACCAAUUCAAGAAGAGACUCCUAGAAAAGAGAGGGUUCUAUUAAAUGGUCAGGUUGAAGAGAAUGUUGUGCAUGGACAAAAAGAUUUACAUGUAUCUAACGGAAGCUCUGCUGCUCAAGAGGGGCCAGCUCAUUCUGAAAGUUUAGACCAUGAAGAAAAAAAUGAUUCUGAUUUCCAUGGGCAAAAGGAUUUUAUGGAUCAUAGAGAAACCGAGUUGGUUGUUCUGGAAAAUGAAAUCUCAGACCUUAAUGAUAGGUUGGAGGCACUCGAGACUGAUCAUGAUUUUCUUGAGCACAUGCUUUACUCUCUUCAAAAUGGAAAUGAAGGCCUACGGUUUGUUCAAGACAUAGCUCAUCAGCUGCGAGAAUUGCGAAAAAUUGGGACCGCUUUCAGUUGUCAGUCUGUUUCCUAA